GUAUAUGCCACCGUCCACACUCAAGACGCGUGCUGCCUCGUGUUUGAACGGCCAUCGACCAGAGGGCACAGCAUUUUUGGAGAUGAGGCCUGAUCCACAAACGUAUUCCCUGGAGCCGCCGAUCGCGGAGCCCAGUGGGCAAAGCUUCACGGGAGCCCGGCGAUGGAACUCCCAGCCGCAGAUCUCCUACAUCGGCCCAGGCACAUACAGGACAGAGAUUCCGGCAACCAUCAAAGGAGUUGUCAAGAUGAGCUCUGUCCAAAGGUUUGCAGAGAAUGAUCCCGACGACAUUUGCCCUGGCCCAGGGGCCUACCAUCCAGAAUCCGCCUCUAGACGUGGUGGAGGCAACCAAACCACCUUUGCACGAGCGCCACGGCAAGAGCCGCCCAAAGAGUUCAGCCACUUAGCCGGGGAGCGUCGGGAUGCCUCAGCCAAGCGGAAGGUGCUGAGCACUUGCCAGUCUGUUCGGCAGAAUACCAAGGCGCCCGCGGCCUUUAGCAUAGUGUUGAAUCAUCAAGAAUUUCAGAGACGUGUUUCUUGAUAUGCAGCAUUAAGAAACCUGCAUAACCCCGUUGGAAUCCUGCAACCACGAGACCUCAGCCCAGCAAGAAAGAGUGGUGGAAGUCCACUUCAUCCUAUUUCUGGAGAUAUGACAUUCCAAGGGAGAAACGACUUUCAUAUUUUGUAUAUAUAUAUAUAUACUAG